UUUUUAUUGCCGUUUCAAAAAAUGCCUAAAACAUUUAUUUAUUUAUUUAUUUACUUGUUUAUUUAUUUGUCAUUGAGUAUUUUGCGAUUAUUUUAGCGAAUCUGCGUCACCGAAUUUCACAAAAAAUCAAGAUGGCGGCCUCCGGUGGUAAACAGUACGGUCUCAUUUUAUCCCAGAAGAGUACGAAAUUGGCCCCCGUCUCACGACCAUCGAUUUUCGGAGACGAUUCGGAUGAUGAAACAUCUGUUGGUGAGAGUUUGCAGAAGGAGGCGAACAAAAAAAAGAUGAUGAAGCAGACGCGACUCGAGAUGCAAAAGGCUCUGGACGAAGACAGCAGCGUGUACGAGUACGACAGCGUGUACGAUGACAUCCAGAAGAAAAGACUUGAGAGCAAUAAGAAGCUGCUUGGAGGCGCAGACAGAAAGCCCAAGUAUAUCACGCAGAUAAUGCGCGCUGUGGAGGAACGGAAGAAAGAGCAAGAGCGUCGCGACGACAGAAAGAUCCAGAAGGAGAGAGAAGCCGAGGGGGAGAAGUUUGCCGAUAAAGAAGCGUACGUAACCUCAGCCUACAAACAGAAGCUGAAAGAACGUGAGGAGGAACUGGAGCGAGAGAAGAGAGCGGCAGAGAUCGAGGCCGCCUUGGAUGUGAAGAAGCAGAAGGACCUGAGUGGAUUUUACAGACACCUUCUGAACCAGACUGUAGGAGAGGAGGCUCUUCCUGAUCGUAGUGCUGAUCGGAAAGAGAAAUCGAAGUCGCCGGUUAAAACCUCGCCACCGCGAGGAAACGACAGCGGGGCCGAUUCGAACGAGGAACGCAGCUCACCUAAAGCCGAGUUCAGCAAAAGCGGCGGCAACAGCAGUCACUCCAAACGGCAGUACCGCCAGCGUUCUCCUUCAUCCGGCAGCGAAGACGACAGGAAGAAGGAGAAGAAACGAGAAAAAGAGAAGCGUGCACACAGAGAGAGAGAAAGAGCCCGGUCGAGGGACAGAGAAAGGGAAGAACAGCACGGCCAUCGGAGAGAAAAAGAGAAGGAGCGACACCGGGACAGAGACGCAGACAGAGGGCGAGAAAGAAAGGAUAGAGACAAAGACAGAGAAACAGAAGACAGACACUUGAAGAGGAACAGAGCAGACGGAGAUCAGGAUCGACACAGGGAUCGAGACGACAAAAAGGAACGAGAGAAGAAGGCGCAAGGUGACGAGAAAGAGAAGGACAAAAAGGCUGAAAAUGCUGCUGAGACCAACGCAGCAGAGCCAAGCAAAUUCCUAAAACGCAGUAAUGAGCAGACGGUGAGCUCGGCGAGAGAGAGGUUCCUGGCCCGACAGAUGGCUCGCUCGGCUGCGAAGAGCUAUGUGGAGAAGGAGGAUGUUUAAUAUAUAUCCUAAUAAAUUAAAAACUGAAUGUCUGUAAA